AUGAAGUCGUCACAAGAAGAAGAAGAAGAAGAAGAAGAAGAAGAAGAAGAAGAAGAAGAAGAAGAAGAAGAAGAAGAAGAAGAAGAAGAAGAAGAAGAAGAAGAAGAAGAAGAAGAAGAAGAAGAAGAAGAAGAAGAAGAAGAAGAAGAAGAAGAAGAAGAAGAAGAAGAAGAAGAAGAAGAAGAAGAGAAGAAGAAGAAGAAGAAGAAGAAGAAGAAGAAGAAGAAGAAGAAGAAGAAGAAGAAGAAGAAGAAGAAGAAGAAGAAGAAGAAGAAGAAGAAGAAGAAGAAGAAGAAGAAGAAGAAGAAGAAGAAGAAGAAGAAGAAGAAGAAGAAGAAGAAGAAGAAGAAGAAGAAGAAGAAGAAGAAGAAGAAGAAGAAGAAGAAGAAGAAGAAGAAGAAGAAGAAGAAGAAGAAGAAGAAGAAGAAGAAGAAGAAGAAGAAGAAGAAGAAGAAGAAGAAGAAGAAGAAGAAGAAGAAGAAGAAGAAGAAGAAGAAGAAGAAGAAGAAGAAGAAGAAGAAGAAGAAGAAGAAGAAGAAGAAGAAGAAGAAGAAGAAGAAGAAGAAGAAGAAGAAGAAGAAGAAGAAGAAGAAGAAGAAGAAGAAGAAGAAGAAGAAGAAGAAGAAGAAGAAGAAGAAGAAGAAGAAGAAGAAGAAGAAGAAGAAGAAGAAGAAGAAGAAGAAGAAGAAGAAGAAGAAGAAGAAGAAGAAGAAGAAGAAGAAGAAGAAGAAGAAGAAGAAGAAGAAGAAGAAGAAGAAGAAGAAGAAGAAGAAGAAGAAGAAGAAGAAGAAGAAGAAGAAGAAGAAGAAGAAGAAGAAGAAGAAGAAGAAGAAGAAGAAGAAGAAGAAGAAGAAGAAGAAGAAGAAGAAGAAGAAGAAGAAGAAGAAGAAGAAGAAGAAGAAGAAGAAGAAGAAGAAGAAGAAGAAGAAGAAGAAGAAGAAGAAGAAGAAGAAGAAGAAGAAGAAGAAGAAGAAGAAGAAGAAGAAGAAGAAGAAGAAGAAGAAGAAGAAGAAGAAAAGAAGAAGAAGAAGAAGAAGAAGAAGAAGAAGAAGAAGAAGAAGAAGAGAAGAAGAAGAAGAAGAAGAAGAAGAAGAAGAAGAAGAAGAAGAAGAAGAAGAAGAAGAAGAAGAAGAAGAAGAAGAAGAAGAAGAAGAAGAAGAAGAAGAAGAAGAAGAAGAAGAAGAAGAAGAAGAAGAAGAAGAAGAAGAAGAAGAAGAAGAAGAAGAAGAAGAAGAAGAAGAAGAAGAAGAAGAAGAAGAAGAAGAAGAAGAAGAAGAAGAAGAAGAAGAAGAAGAAGAAGAAGAAGAAGAAGAAGAAGAAGAAGAAGAAGAAGAAGAAGAAGAAGAAGAAGAAGAAGAAGAAGAAGAAGAAGAAGAAGAAGAAGAAGAAGAAGAAGAAGAAGAAGAAGAAGAAGAAGAAGAAGAAGAAGAAGAAGAAGAAGAAGAAGAAGAAGAAGAGAAGAAGAAGAAGAAGAAGAAGAAGAAGACAGAAGAAGAAGAAGAAGAAGAAGAAGAAGAAGAAGAAGAAGAAGAAGAAGAAGAAGAAGAAGAAGAAGAAGAAGAAGAAGAAGAAGAAGAAGAAGAAGAAGAAGAAGAAGAAGAAGAAGAAGAAGAAGAAGAAGAAGAAGAAGAAGAAGAAGAAGAAGAAGAAGAAGAAGAAGAAGAGAAGAAGAAGAAGAGAAGAAGAAGAAGAAGAAGAAGAAGAAGAAGAAGAAUGAAGAAGAAGAAAAGAAGAAAGAAGAAGAAGAAGAAGAAGAAGAAGAAGAAGAAGAAGAAAGAAGAGAAGAAGAAGAAGAAGAAGAAGAAGAAGAAGAAGAAGAAGAAGAAGAAGAAGAAGAAGAAGAAGAAGAAGCAGGAGAAGAAGAAGAAGAAGAAGAAGAAGCAGAAGAAGAAGAAGAAGAAGAAGAAGAAGAAGAAGAAGAAGAAGAAGAAGAAGAAGAAGAAGAAGAAGAAGAAGAAGAAGAAGAAGAAGAAGAAGAAGAAGAAGAAGAAGAAGAAGAAGAAGAAGAAGAAGAAGAAGAAGAAGAAGAAGAAGAAGAAGAAGAAGAAGAAGAAGAAGAAGAAGAAGAAGAAGAAGAGAAGAAGAAGAAGAAGAAGAAGAAGAAGAAGAAGAAGAAGAAGAAGAAGAAGAAGAAGAAGAAGAAGAAGAAGAAGAAGAAGAAGAAGAAGAAGAAGAAGAAGAAGAAGAAGAAGAAGAAGAAGAAGAAGAAGAAGAAGAAGAAGAAGAAGAAGAAGAAGAAGAAGAAGAAGAAGAAGAAGAAGAAGAAGAAGAAGAAGAAGAAGAAGAAGAAGAAGAAGAAGAAGAAGAAGAAGAAGAAGAAGAAGAAGAAGAAGAAGAAGAAGAAGAAGAAGAAGAAGAAGAAGAAGAAGAAGAAGAAGAAGAAGAAGAAGAAGAAGAAGAAGAAGAAGAAGAAGAAGAAGAAGAAGAAGAAGAAGAAGAAGAAGAAGAAGAAGAAGAAGAAGAAGAAGAAGAAGAAGGAAGAAGAAGAAGAAGAAGAAGAAGAAGAAGAAGAAGAAGAAGAAGAAGAAGAAGAAGAAGAAGAAGAAGAAGAAGAAGAAGAAGAAGAAGAAGAAGAAGAAGAAGAAGAAGAAGAAGAAGAAGAAGAAGAAGAAGAAGAAGAAGAAGAAGAAGAAGAAGAAGAAGAAGAAGAAGAAGAAGAAGAAGAAGAAGAAGAAGAAGAAGAAGGAAGAAGAGAAGAAGAAGAAGAAGAAGAAGAAGAAGAAGAAGAAAGAAGAAGAAGAAGAAGAAGAAGAAGAGAAGAAAGAAGAAGAAGAAGAAGAAGAAGAAGAAGAAGAAGAAGAAGAAGAAGAAGAAGAAGAAGAAGAAGAAGAAGAAGAAGAAGAAGAAGAAGAAGAAGAAGAAGAAGAGAAGAAGAAGAAGAAGAAGAAGAAGAAGAAGAAGAAGAAGAAGAAGAAGAAGAAGAAGAAGAAGAAGAAGAAGAAGCAAGAAGAAGAAGAAGAAGAAGAAGAAGAAGAAGAGAAGAAAGAAGGAAGAAGAAGAAGAAGAAGAAGAAGAAGAAGAAGAAGAAGAAGAAGAAGAAGAAGAAGAAAGAAGAAGAAGAAGAAGAAGAAGAAGAAGAAGAAGAAGAAGAAGAAGAAGAAGAAGAAGAAGAAGAAGAAGAAGAAGAAGAAGAAGAAGAAGAAGAAGAAGAAGAAGAAGAAGAAGAAGAAGAAGAAGAAGAAGAAGAAGAAGAAGAAGAAGAAGAAGAAGAAGAAGAAGAAGAAGAAGAAGAAGAAGAAGAAGAAGAAGAAGAAGAAGAAGAAGAAGAAGAAGAAGAAGAAGAAGAAGAAGAAGAAGAAGAAGAAGAAGAAGAAGAAGAAGAAGAAGAAGAAGAAGAAGAAGAAAGAAGAAGAAGAAGAAGAAGAAGAAGAAGAAGAAGAAGAAGAAGAAGAAGAAGAAGAAGAAGAAGAAGAAGAAGAAGAAGAAGAAGAAGAAGAAGAAGAAGAAGAAGAAGAAGAAGAAGAAGAAGAAGAAGAAGAAGAAGAAGAAGAAGAAGAAGAAGAAGAAGAAGAAGAAGAAGAAGAAGAAGAAGAAGAAGAAGAAGAAGAAGAAGAAGAAGAAGAAGAAGAAGAAGAAGAAGAAGAAGAAGAAGAAGAAGGAAUGGAUGAUCCUUCAGGAAGCAGGGGACAAAGGGGAGAAGGUUGA